AAUCCCCUUCCGGAGACGGGAGCGCGUGAAGUCGUGGGCUCUAUCAGGUGCUGAGGAGAAGCUUCGUGCUCAGGGCACCGGCGGGGCUCGGCGCGUGACGGCCGGACUGCUCGAGGGCUCGCGCCAUGCCCCACAGGCGGAAGAAACCCUUCAUAGAGAAGAAGAAAGCUGUCACAUUUCAUUUAGUACACAGAAGUCAGAGGGACCCUUUGACAGCAGAUGACACUGCACCCCAGAGAGUUCUAUUGCCUGCACAGAAGGGAGAUGAAGAAAAAAGGAAGGAAGAACAGAGGAAAUACGGAGUAUUCUUUGAUGAUGACUACGACUACUUGCAACAUCUCAAAGAAGCUUCUGGGCUUUCUGAGCUUAUUCCAUCAAGCAUACCAGAUCAACAAGGCAGAAUUGUAGUGACUGCAGAAGGAGAGGUAGAAGAAGAAAUUCAGAAAAUUCCAGCGCCAACUAUUAACUUGCCCUCAUCAGUGUUUGCUUCAGAAUUCGAAGAGGAUGUGGGACUGUUAAACAAAGCUGCUCCUGUUUCAGGGCCUCGGUUGGAUUUUGACCCAGACAUUGUUGCAGCACUUGAUGAAGAUUUUGAUUUUGACAAUCCAGACAAUCUCCUUGAAGAUGAUUUCAUUUUAAAGGCCAAUCAAUCAGGAAGCACAAAGGAGGAAAAAGAAGCUUGUGGGGAAUCUGAAGAUGAAGAUGAAUGGGAGGAUAUGGAGGAAGAAGACGACGAGGAAGGCAGUCAGAGUGAUGAAGAGUAUGAUUCUGAUGGUCCUUUGUCAGAUGAUACUGAAAGUGGAGGGAAAAUGAAAGAAUUUCUUUUCAUGGAAGAAGAGACCAAGAGUCGUUUCACAGAAUACUCCAUGACCUCUUCAGUAAUGAGAAGGAAUGAACAACUGACCCUUUUAGAUGAAAGAUUUGAAAAGUUCUUCGAGCAGUUUGAUGAUGAUGAAAUUGGAGCUCUGGAUAAUGCCGAAUUAGAAGGUUUCAUUCAAAGUGACAGUGCUCGGUUACAGGAAGUCUUGAAUGACUACUACAGAGAAAAGGCAAAGGAGGCUCAAGGCAGCUUGCAUCAUUCUCCUCCUCCAUCUUAUCCCCACAACAACCACCCUGUGAGCUGUGUGAAACCUGAUGCACUUGUAUUCAAAGAAGAUUCAGAGCUGCUCCUGAAUGAGGAAGGUGAUGGGAGAGAAGAAAUUGUAACUUUGGUUGUUGAAGAACCUAAAGAAAAAUGGGAUUGCGAAUCCAUUCUGAGUACCUAUUCAAACUUAUACAACCAUCCAAAGCUUAUUGAGGUUCCACAGAAGCCCAAACCAGUUGAAGUAUCUAAAAAGACAGGAAUCCCUUUGCAUGUCUUGCCUCAAAGAGGACUUACAGCUAAGCAGGCUGAGCAAAUGCAACUAAUAAAUGACUGUGAUUUGCCAAGAAUAUCCACACAACCACGUUCCAAAAAUGAGACUAAAGAGGAUCGCAAAGCUAGAAAACAAGCCAUCAAAGAAGAAAGAAAAGAACGCAGGAUAGAGAAGAAAGCAAACAAGCUGGCCUUCAAGCAAGAGAAGACAAGGCAAGAGAAAGAACUGUUCAAUCUAAAACAGAACAUUCAAGGGCUCAAGUUGUCAUAAGGAAACAAUUGCUUCAUUUUAAAGGCAUUGAACACCUUACUUAGGAAAGGAUUCUUCUGUGGUAUAUUGGACUGAAGUUUAAAAGUCAUAGCAACAAUCUUUGAAAAAUAAGUAUUUGAUUAAAUGUAAAUUCAUUUUUGGUUAUUAUUAAAAUAAAAUCAUUGUAAUAUUUUUCUCCCUUAAAA